AUGCGCAUUCGACUUCAAGGCGAUUUUUGUGUUUCAAAGGCUUGUAGCGGACUUGGUGAUGAUGGCAAUUGGUGGGGUGACUGGAAGUUUAAGAUUUUGAGCCGUGAUGAAGGAUAUCGAAUAACAGACUUGGAAUACCUGCGUGGAAAUCUCAGUGACCCAAACCAGCCAGAGAAGGAUUUGUUUACACAGUUGUGCAAUAAUCGAAGUUUUACAACUGUUGAUGUAGACAACGAUGAGAAUAAAUAUGAAAAUUGUGCUAAAUUUCGUCGACGAGGUGCGUGGUGGCAUGGUGGGUGCGCCUACACUUCACUCAAUGGACUUUAUGGUGAUCCAGGUAACAAGCCUAGCGGUCAAUUUUGGCAUUGGAGGUCGGCAAUUGAAAAUAUCACUCAUAAAUCGUAUGAGAUAAAACCAAAGAAGUCGUUGAUAUUAUUCAGGGUCGUGCAAUAA